AGCAGCCAUUCUAUGCCUCUGUUGUUAGUUACCAGGGCAGUCAUGUUUUCCCAUCUUACAGCAGAGGAAACUGAGGCUUAGAGUUCAGGAGGUUGUCCAGGACAGAUGAACAGCAGGGUAGGAUGUGGAUUUGGAACUUUUGGCUACAUCCUGGACUUCCUUGCAGGGAGACUUUGCAUAUGCUUUGAAAUAGGAUCAGGAAACGUGGGAAGAAAAACAUGCAUAUUUUUUACCUAUUCAAACCUAGCAUAUUUUGUUGCUAAAUUUUAAGGACGUGUAUAUGCCGUAACAUAAGAUCCAAAUAUCUUAUUUCUAAGGGAACAUAGGUGUCUGGAAUGUGGGCAAAUACAGUGACAGCAAAUCAAAGAUGUAAUUACAAUAAAGUCUUAUUUAGCUUAAUGGAAGAGACCUGAGUUCAAGUUUUGGUUCUAUCACUUCUUAGCAUAUAACCUAGGCCAAAAUGUAGUCUCGCAGAAUUUGGCAAAAUUCUACUCAUUCUUUAAUGCCCAGUUCAGUCAUCACCUUUGUGAAGCCUUCCCAGACCCCCCUCCCCACCUCCUAAAAGAGGUAGCACCUGGCCCCUCGGUCUUCACAGUUUACUGAAGGGGUUGGGUUUAUUGGCAUUCUACCGUAACCCACUAGAACUGAGCUCAUCUUUGCGGGGUUAGCUAGCCGUUUAGUCCAGGUCUCCUUGGCAAGACAGUAGCUUAGAGAAACGAGAUCGAAUGCACCCGGAAGGUGGCCAGUUUGUGCCUCAACUCCUUGGCCAUCUCCUGGCUACCAAACUCAAGCGUUUCCUCCUUAGCAAAGGCGGACGUAGGGCUCAAAUCCCCGCCGUUUCCAGGGCCACCCCCCAUACGAUUGACGAGAUGCCUGAGGCUGCCGUGAAAUCAACAGCCAACAAAUACCAAGUCUUUUUUUUCGGGACCCACGAGACGGCAUUCCUGGGCCCCAAAGACCUCUUCCCUUACGAGGAAUCCAAGGAGAAGUUUGGCAAGCCCAACAAGAGGAAAGGGUUCAGCGAGGGGCUGUGGGAGAUCGAGAACAACCCUACUGUCAAGGCUUCUGGCUAUCAGUCCUCCCAGAAAAAGAGCUGUGUGGAAGAGCCUGAACCCGAGCCCGAAGCUGCAGAGGGUGACGGUGAUAAGAAGGGGAAUGCAGAGGGCAGCAGCGACGAGGAAGGGAAGCUGGUCAUUGAUGAGCCAGCCAAGGAGAAGAACGAGAAAGGAGCGCUGAAGAGGAGAGCAGGGGACUUGCUGGAGGACUCUCCUAAACGUCCCAAGGAGGCAGAAAACCCUGAAGGAGAGGAGAAGGAGGCAGCCACCUUGGAGGGUGAGAGGCCCCUUCCUAUGGAGGUGGAAAAGAAUAGCACCCCCUCUGAGCCCGGCUCUGGCCGGGGGCCUCCCCAAGAGGAAGAAGAAGAGGAGGAUGAAGAGGAAGAGGCUACCAAGGAAGAUGCUGAGGCCCCAGGCAUCAGAGAUCAUGAGAGCCUGUAGCCACCAAUGUUUCAAGAGGAGCCCCCACCCUGUUCCUGCUGCUGUCUGGGUGCUACUGGGGAAACUGGCCAUGGCCUGCAAACUGGGAACCCCUUUCCCACCCCAACCUGCUCUCCUUUUCUACUCACUUUUCCCACUCCAAGCCCAGCCCAUGGAGAUUGACCUGGUUGGGGCAGGCCACCUGGCUCUCACCUCUAGGUCCCCAUACUCCUAUGAUCUGAGUCAGAGCCAUGUCUUCUCCCUGGAAUGAGUUGAGGCCAUUGUGUUCCUUCCGCUUGGAGCUAUUUUCCAGGCUUCUGCUGGGGCCUGGGACAACUGCUCCCACCUCCUGACACCCUUCUCCCACUCUCCUAGGCAUUCUGGACCUCUGGGUUGGGAUCAGGGGUAGGAAUGGAAAGGAUGGAGCAUAAACAGCAGGGUGGGCUUGUGGGGCCUGGGAGGGGCAAUCCUCAAAUGCGGGGUGGGGGCAGCACAGGAGGGCGGCCUCCUUCUGAGCUCCUGUCCCCUGCUACACCUAUUAUCCCAGCUGCCUAGAUUCAGGGAAAGUGGGACAGCUUGUAGGGGAGGGGCUCCUUUCCAUAAAUCCUUGAUGAUUGACAACACCCAUUUUUCCUUUUGCCGACCCCAAGAGUUUUGGGAGUUGUAGUUAAUCAUCAAGAGAAUUUGGGGCUUCCAAGUUGUUCGGGCCAAGGACCUGAGACCUGAAGGGUUGACUUUACCCAUUUGGGUGGGAGUGUUGAGCAUCUGUCCCCCUUUAGAUCUCUGAAGCCACAAAUAGGAUGCUUGGGAAGACUCCUAGCUGUCCUUCUUCCUCUCCGCACAGUGCUCAAGGCCAGCUUAUAGUCGUAUAUAUUACCCAGACAUAAAGGAAAAGACACAUUUUUUAGGAAAUGUUUUUAAUAAAAGAAAAUUACAAAAAAAAAUUUUAAAGACCCCUAACCCUUUGUGUGCUCUCCAUUCUGCUCCUUCCCCAUCGUUGCCCCCAUUUCUGAGGUGCACUGGGAGGCUCCCCUUCUAUUUGGGGCUUGAUGACUUUCUUUUUGUAGCUGGGGCUUUGAUGUUCCUUCCAGUGUCAUUUCUCAUCCACAUACCCUGACCUGGCCCCCUCAGUGUUGUCACCAGAUCUGAUUUGUAACCCACUGAGAGGACAGAGAGAAAUAAGUGCCCUCUCCCACCCUCUUCCUACUGGUCUCUCUAUGCCUCUCUACAGUCUCGUCUCUUUUACCCUGGCCCCUCUCCCUUGGGCUCUGAUGAAAAAUUGCUGACUGUAGCUUUGGAAGUUUAGCUCUGAGAACCGUAGAUGAUUUCAGUUCUAGGAAAAUAAAACCCGUUGAUUACUA